AUGUGCAAGAUAUCUCUUGUCGAUAUGCCGUUCGGAAGUAAAAACGAUCGAAUCUUUUGCUCAAACUGCUAUGAUCAAGCUUUCGCCACGCGAUGUGAUGGCUGUAAUGAGAUCUUCAGAGCAGGUAUGAAAAAGAUGGAAUACAAAGGCAAACAAUGGCAUGACAAAUGUUUCUGCUGUGCGCAUUGCAAAAAUCCCAUCGGCACCAAAUCUUUCAUCCCGAAAAACGAGGACGUCUACUGUGGAUCGUGCUAUGAAGAGAAAUUCGCCACACGAUGCAAUAAAUGCAGGAAGGUGAUUACCACUGGUGGCGUGACGUACAAAAACGAACCAUGGCAUCGUGAAUGUUUCUGUUGUACACAUUGUAAUGUAUCACUAGCCGGCCAAAGGUUCACGAGUAAGGACGAGAAGCCGUACUGUGCGAAUUGUUAUGGUGAAUUGUUUGCGAAGCGAUGCAAUGCUUGCACGAAGCCCAUUACCGGAAUUGGUGGCGCCAAAUUCAUUUCCUUCGAAGACAGACAUUGGCAUAACGACUGCUUCAUUUGUGCACAGUGUACAACGUCAUUGGUAGGAAAGGGAUUUAUAACGGACGGCACGGAUAUUCUGUGUCCGGAAUGCGCAAAGGCACGAUUGAUGGCCGCCAAUUCAUAA